ACCGAAAGAUGGCGGCUCCGCCAGAGGAAGGGAGUUUGGAGUCUCGCGUCAACAAAGCAACCAACCCACUGAACAGAGAAACAGACUGGGACAACAUUAAAGCUUUCUGUGAACAGCUCAGCAAUGAACCUGAAGGUCCCCAGCUGGCCACCAGGCUUUUGGCCCAUAAGAUUCAGUCGCCUCAGGAGUGGGAAGCCAUGCAGGCAUUAACGGUUCUGGAGACCUGCAUGAAGAACUGUGGAAAACGGUUUCAUAAUGAGGUGGGGAAGUUCCGCUUUCUUAACGAACUCAUCAAGGUGGUUUCUCCUAAGUAUCUGGGCUCUAGGGCCCCAGAGCCAGUGAAGAAGAAAGUUCUAGAAAUCAUGUACAGCUGGACGAUGGGGUUUCCUGAAGAAACCAAAAUAACUGAUGCUUAUCAGAUGUUGAAGAAACAAGGUAUUGUGAAACAGGACCCUGUUUUGCCAGAUGACAACCCUAUACCCCCUCCACCACCCAGACCCAAAAAUGCCAUCUUUGAGGAUGAAGAGAAAUCAAAGAUGCUGUCUCGUUUGCUUAAUAGCACUCACCCUGAGGACUUAAGAGCAGCAAACAAGCUUAUUAAGGAAAUGGUUCAGGAGGAUCAGAAGCGCAUGGAGAAGGUAUCAAAGAGAGUAAACACUAUUCAGGAAGUGAAGGAGAGUGUCAAAUUACUCACACAGCUUCUGGGAGACUACAGCAAAGAAUGCAGUUCGCAUGACAAUGAGGAGCUCAUCAAGGAUUUGUACCAGAGAUGUGAGAAGAUGAGACCUACCUUGUUCAGGCUGGCCAGUGACACAGAAGACAACGAUGAAGCUCUAGCGGAGAUCCUGCAGGCCAACGACAGCCUGACGCAGGUAAUUAACCUGUAUAGGCAGCUUGUAAAGGGAGAGGAGGUGAAUGGAGAAACCACUGCCACAACCACAAUCAAGGGGAGCAGCACAGCGCUAUUGGACCUUACUGGACUUGACACGUCGCCCUCAUCCCUAGCAUUUUCAGAAUUCCCUUCUCAGACCCCACCAUCACAAGAGCUGGGUAUCAGCCUGCUGGAUGAUGAGCUAAUGUCUCUGGGGCUAACCGAUGUUCCACCCAUUUCUAAUCUGAUCUCCUCCCAGUAUGGGGAUGCUACCACAUGGAACUCCUUUCAGCUGUCAGAUACCGUAGACACACCCGUACCCCCAGUACCAGCUGCCGUACUAUUGCCUGCAGUGGCCGCCCAGAACCCUGCCAGUGUCCCACCUCCUGCCACGACGGCCUUGGAUGAGCUGGACUUGUUGGGAAAGACCCUACUCCAGCAAUCGCUGCCGCCUGAGAACCUGCAGGUCAAAUGGGAUAAACUUCAGUCUCAGUCCAAACCUACUUUGCGAGACCUCCAAACUAAGUUGCACACAAACCCAGUCACAAGCACCAGUCCAAUCCUGGCUUUUUCCUCUGAGCCUGCUACUCUCCUAAACUCACAGCCCAGCCAUGAGCCUUCUGCACUGGGCAUCAGUUCAGCUCCUUCCACUCAAGAUGAAGUCUCUUUAGCCAGUGUUACCGUGCCUCUGGAGUCUAUUAAACCCAGUAGCAUGUUGCCUGUGACUAUCUUUGACAAGCACAGCUUACGCGUUUUGUUUCACUUUGCACGUGACUCUCCUCCAUCUCGCCCUGAUGUCCUGGUGGUUAUCAUCUCCAUGCUGUCGUCUGCUCCCAUACCCCUCACAAACAUCCGCUUCCAGGCGGCCGUGCCCAAGACUAUGAGAGUGAAGCUGCAGCCACCAUCUGGAACAGAUCUGCCAGCUUUCAACCCCAUUCUUCCUCCUGCUGCAAUUACACAAGUCCUGCUGUUGGCCAGCCCUAACAAGGAAAAGGUUCGACUGAGAUACAAGCUGACCUUUGAUUUAGGUGAAGAGUCCCAUGACGAGAGUGGAGACAUAGAGCAGUUCCCGCCUCCAGAGUCCUGGGGAAUCCUUUAGACGCAAAGACUGAGUCCUUGCUGCUUUAUCCCUCCGUGUCUCGUUGGUCUCGGCCAACGGGAGCGUUUUUGGCUUUUAUAAUCAGAAGAAACCUGAGUCCCUUCUCACUUGACCUUUUUUCAAGUUUUGCUGAAGGUACGACAGUGUUAAACUCGCAUUAUAUCCAACACCAAGCUGUGGUGAAAUGUGAAUAGUAGCAAAUUGAAGUGCAACACUGCGAGUGAACAUGACCUGGUAAAGUGAGCGAGGGUCUCAUUUUUCUGAAUCCGAGUCUGUUCAGGCGUUUCGAACCUAUGCUGUUUUCAUCUUCUUUUUUUUCUUCUUCCUCUCUCUUCAACUCGAACUGAACUAUUUACCGUUAUUGAACCAUUUUCCUCCUCUGCUGCUUCGGUCUUGUUGUGUGAAACUUUUUCUGGCCUUCUUUAAAUGGGAGGUGUGAAUGUGUGUGCGCGUCUUUCAUAAAUACUCCAUUGUGCUGUAUGUGUUAGAGAGAACUGUCAAAUAAUUGGCUAUACUCAACUACAGAGGGAAUCAGCAUGAGAGACGAAAUGGCGGCUACUUGAACAGACUUGAUAUGAAAUGCUAUAGAAGUCCAAUCUCGUUUUGGUCUGAUGAGCACUGUAUCCUUGACUUGCUCAGAGUUCUGUUUGUCUGGGCUUGUUUUUUAAACAAAAGUUGCACAACACUGUUGUGUUUUUGAUGACUGACCAAAAAUGAAAGUCCGACGAAUUUUUACCAGACCCUUAUUUACUAAAUGUUCAAGCAUUCAUUGGGCCAAAUUGCAUUAACAUCAAUCUUCCCUUGUCUGAGAUUAGCCAAGAUGUUUGGUGUCUGAAGUUUGCUUCUGUGGGGUAGGGUAAGACACAAUACAGAUUCUAUUUUUGUUUGAUCGUGUUUUUUUUUUUACACAGACAAAUCUUCCAGAAGACAUUUCUAUGCACAAUUUAGUUAUAAAGUGGGAGAUAAAGAAUAUAUCUGUUUGUUAAUUUGUUUUUGGGGUUUUUGGCUUAACACUGAUCCUCAGUUCAGGUAAAGCCACUGUCAUAGCUGCACACAAACUCUUGCCCUGUGGUACCCAAGCUGUGGUAACCAAAGUGCAAUUGUGAAUACAAAUGUGAUACUUGUAGUGCGGUGCUAUCCGGCUUCUUCCAUCCACAAAGGCUUAUAGAUAUCCUGUGGGGUGAUACCAAACUGUCCUAAGGGGAGAAUUCUAGUAUUGUACUACUAAUGGACUACUGUUUCCAUUUUUGAAACUAAGUGUUACACUGCAGGAAUAUUUAAGGGCUUAACACAGUUUGAGUGAAGUGUGUAUAGUAACUGUAAAACUACAGAAGCAAACUAUGGAUACUUAUAUGGCUUGGCUCAUCGAGGAACACAUGAAAGAAGAAAAUAAUUAAAUAAAUUCCAUAUUUUAUUCUGUAUGUAUUUCAUAGACUCCCCUAUAUGAUUUGCCUUUUAUAAUGAAUGAUUUCUUAUUUGGCAGCUUUAAACUGCUAUAUUUGUCCUGUUCUGUUUUACAUGGAUGCUGAAGUCCUGUUCAAAUCUACCAUAUGUGCCUGAUCUGAUGUUUUACUUUUUUCUGUACUGCUCCUUUUAAAUGCUGAUGUGUACAAAGAUCUGUACGUUUCUUUUCCUUUGUUUAUUUUGGUUCAGUAGCUUUUAACUUUUAUUUUUUUGGCCCCUGUUUACACCUGGUUAUUUCAUGUGACUUGGAUCUGAGUCGUAUCCUGUUAGGAUUUUAACCACAUGAAUUUACACUUGUAUUCAAAUUUACUGAUCGACAUGUUAGAUAAUGUCACUUCACUACUUUGUGUUGCACCAGGCAAUAUAUAGUCAGGUCACAUUCACAUUUAUGGAAUUUAGCAGAUACUUUUAUCCAUUGUGACCCUAUACAAUCCAAAUGAUUGGGCCCCACAAUCGGGCAGUGGUGGGGCUUGAAUCAGUGACAUUCUGAUUACAAGUUUGGUUCCUUAACCGCUAAGCUACCACUGCCCACUUUGUAGACACUCCACAGCCAUUUUUGUAUUGUCCCCUUCUUGUUGCUUUAGCAGCCUCCACUCUCUAGUGUAUGAUUUCCAUAAGUCAGUCUGUGAAAAUGUGCCCAUUUAGACAAACAGUGGUUGUGAGGUCAGACAUAAACGCUGUGUCUUAAGCACAAUUGAAUGAAUGUGGCUGAAACAACUGAACUUAAUAAUUAGGUGGGCCAUCUGUUUAAUUGGGAAAAACUAGAACACCCAAAGUGAAGGAGCAUAUCUAGCUUCUCAUCUUUUCUUAAUCACAAAAAUAAAAUCAGUUAUGAGUGCACAAUAUUUAACUGGUUGUAUAAUUGUUGACUAUGAUUAAACAAGCCCAUUACAUGUUCCACUCAUUGUGUAACACAGAAACUUAAGUCUUCAAACUUUGCUAAUGAUGGUGAUAAAUGUCAAUAUUUUUUAAGUAACAUUUCAAAACAUAUUAUAAUGAAGACAUUAUUUAAAAUAAACAAUGAUACAAAAUAAAUUAUACACAGAAUGAAUGCUUCUUCAAUCAUGUUAUCAGGUAGUAAUGAAGUGACUCGGGUGUGCUGGGUGCUGAAAGAACUUGAAAAAGCAUGACAGGCUUCUCAUUUUUAAGAAAACAAAAGGGUGUGAUUGUUAGCUGUUUGAAGAGAAUAAGAAGUUUAUUACAUCAUGCAUUAGUAACCUCCAGGAGGUAUGGAGAAUCAUGUUUAAUUUAACUACUUUAUUAUGCUUGAUCAAAGACAUGGCUUAACUCAACAGCUGUUGGGACAACAGUAUUCAAUUCACAUUUGAUCCAAUGUCCCGUUUCUCUUAGUCACUGGUCAUGUUUUUAGAUGUUUUAUGCAGAAGAUACAUGCACAAAGGCACCAACAAUGGCAAGACUGUGUGGUUUACUGCAUAAUUACAGACUGAUGCAUUUAUACUUUACAUAGGCAGUUUAAGGAGUUUAAGUGAUCAGAUUUAAAUGUCUUAAACAUUAGAUGCAAUUACACCUACAAGGAUCAUUCGUAUUCACCCCUUAAAUUCAAGACAUAAAAUGACCAGGUGUGAACAAGGUCAUUCUGUGGGGUUGUGUUGUUAGUCACUGUUCAUGAUUUGCAUAGCAGUGUAUUUAUUUUACCUCUCUAAAAGAAUGUUUCCCUAAAUUAUCACAGCACAUUAUGUAACAGAUGCUAAAUGAAUUAGUGAGAAAUGUAUCAUGUUUGUUUCUGGACUUGGUCAAAAGUUUGAGAACUGUAGGUGCUUUCCCCCCCCCUCAUUAUGAAAAAAGGCCAUGUUCCAUCCUCAGCCUUCAUGGUUUUCCUCCUGACUGUAAAUAAUAUCUGUAUUGCAAUUAUGUACAUUUGCCAAACAAAACUACAGAACGUAACAAGUAUGGGGGGAGAACUAAGAAUGUAGUGCACAUAUGUAUUUAAGGGAAAUAAAGUUAUUCUUUUUCUUGAGGGUUUAAAAA